AUGGCUACAUCAUGCCCGGAGAAAGUGACGGUUUGCUACAAUUGUUAUCGAGAGGGUCACAAAACGUCGGAAUGCCAAGAGCUGGUUGGAAAGAAAGAUGGGCAAGACACGAAAGGUGAAGCCCCAAAAGCAAAGGCAAUAUCUUUCCAAUUGACUGCCGCAGAAGCAAAAGUUGAACCUAAAGUGGUCUCAGAGGUGCAGUUUCUCGGGCAUAUCAUUAGUGCCGACGGGGUACUAGUGGAUCCGUCAAAAGUAGAAGCCGUGUCAAAAUGGAACACUCCAAGGAAUCCCUCGGAAAUCCGACGCCUUUUAGGGCUCGCGGGAUAUUAUAGGAGAUUCAUACAAGAUUUCUCCAAAAUUGCCUUACCGUUGACCAAACUGACUCGCAAGGAGGAAAAAUUUGUAUGGGGUGUUGAACAAGAGAAAGCUUUCCAAACACUUAAAGAAAAGUUAACUCACGCUCUGGUGUUAACAUUAUCGGAAGGGGUUGACGACAUGGUGGUUUAUUCAGAUGCGUCGCCUAUGCCUAUGCCUCGAGGCAACUGA